AUGGCCUCCCGUGCCCUUGUCUCUGGUCUCCCCAGGUCCCUCCCUCCCCUUCCUCCGGGGCCUGCCCCCACCUGUGUUCCUUGUGUCGAGGGCCGGCAGCGCGCCGCUCCUCACUCCUCCUCGUUCCCUCCGACAGAGGCUCCUCUGCAGACUCUUCACAUGGACGUGUGGGGCCCAGCCCGCGUCCGUGGACAGGGUCACGAGCGUUACUUCCUGCUGGUCGUUGACAACUACUCGCGUUACACCACAGUCUUUCCCUUGCGCAGCAAGGGUGAGGUCCCUGAGGUGUUGAUCGACUGGAUGCGCGGUGCUCGUCGCCAACUCAGUGAGAGGUUCGGCUCGGACCUUCCUGUUCUGCGUCUGCACUCAGACAGAGGUGGGGAGUUUUCCUCCGACCUCCUGAGAGCCUUCUGUCGUUCGGAGGGCAUCCGCCAGACGUUCACGCUUCCGGCCUCCCCGCAGCAAAAUGGGAUUGCUGAGCGCCGCAUUGGCAUGGUCAUGGACGUCGCUCGUACGUCCAUGAUCCAUGCGGCUGCUCCCCAUUUUCUGUGGCCGUUCGCGGUUCAUUCUACCACCCCACCUCGCGUCGUGUUCUGUCCUCUCGGGACGUCACGUUUGACGAGUCGGUGUCGUACUACCGUCUCUUUCCCUACCGCACUGCCUCUCUCCCCCCCCCCGCCGCUCUUCCUAGCACCAGGUACUUCCCCGGUAGACCCCCUCCCCCCCCAGGGUCCUGCCCCCUUAGGUGUGUCCCAGGUAGACCCUGCCGAGCCGGUCGAGGUAGCUGUCGACUCAGGUGCUACUAGGGGUGCUGAGCCUGCGGGUGCGGGGACUGGGGGUGCGGGGACUGGGGGUGCGGGGACUGGGGGUGCGGGGACUGGGGGUGCUGAGCCUGAGAGUGUGGAGCCUGGGGGUGCUGCUGGUGCUGCUGGAGGUGCUGCUGGUGCUGGAGGUACUGCUGGUGCUGGAGCUGCUGGAGGUGCUGCUGGUGCUGGAGCUGCUGGAGGUGCUGCUGGUGCUGGAGCUGCUGGAGGUGCUGCUGGUGCUGGAGCUGCUGGAGGUGCUGCUGGUGCUGGAGCUGCUGGAGGUGCUGCUGGUGCUGGAGCUGCUGGUGCUGGAGCUGCUGGAGGUGCUGCUGGUGCUGGAGCUGCUGGAGGUGCUGCUGGUGCUGGAGCUGCUGGAGGUGCUGCUGGUGCUGGAGCUGCUGGAGGGUGA